AUGGCAUUCCCGAAUCUCCCAUCCACUACCGACUAUCUAAUUGUAGGCGGAGGAACAGCCGGGUUGGUUGUUGCAUACCGUCUCUCGGAGGACCCAACUAUCAAGGUUGUCGUCUUGGAGAGCGGCCCUGAUGCUUCAGAUGACCAUCGAGUUCAAGACCCCGAAGCAUGGCAAUCUUUGAGCGGAUCAGAGCUUGACUGGAAGCUGAAGAUUGUUCCCCAGUCUGGCUUCAACAACCGAGAACUCCAUCAUCCGGCAGGAAAAGUCCUCGGCGGGUCCUCCGCCAUCAAUGGGCUGAUAUAUACUCCCCCAUCACCGGCUGCAAUCAAUGCAUGGGCACAGCUUGGAAAUCCAAAUUGGAACUGGGAGACAUUGAGACCUUAUCUUCAAAGAUCCUAUACUUUGAACCCACCAGACAUAGCUCCACAUAAGACUGAGCCUGUGCAUGAUUCUCCUCACGGGCCAAUCCAAAUCAUUUUCCCUGCCCUGAACGACAAGAAGAGCCUCCCUCUCGGAGAAGCAUGGAAGGGUGCGUUCAAGAGCCAGGGAUAUGAGCAUAGUGUCGACAUUCUUGCGGAAAAUAAGACGAUUGGCACCCGUGAUAAUCUAGUCACCGUAGAUCCAAACUCGGGUCUUCGCAGCAGUGCGAACAACGAAUAUGGCAGAUUAGCAUCCCAGCGUGCCAAUGUGAGUAUCAUCACGAGAGCAACAACUCGUCGGGUCCUUUUUUCCUCUGUUUCGAAUAAGACCAUGGUCACUGGAGCGGAAUUUCUAUAUGAUGGCAAGAUCACGAGCAUUCAGGCAACCAAGGAAGUUAUUCUUGCGGCUGGUGCUUUACACACACCAAAGCUACUAGAGCUGUCUGGAAUUGGCGCCAAAGACAGAUUGGAGAGUCUCGGAAUCCCAUUGGUUAGUGACCAGCCAGCGGUGGGCGAGAAUCUCCAGAACCAUGUGAUGAGCAUGUUUCCAGUUCCCCUCAACGCUCACCCAGAUCUUGAUGGAAUAACUCUUGGAUUGAAGGGUUUGGCCUUUGCACGCCUCAACCGGGAAGAGCAGAACGGGCUAUUUGCUGGACGCCCAGAGCCAGUGAGCUCAUCGGAACAAGUCAUGCAAUCAAUUUUGGGAAGUCCUGAUGAAGCCUCUGCGGUCCUUAUGAUGUCUGUAAUACCUGGAAAUAUGGUUAUACUGGGUGCUAUUAACAGCGUCCCCUUCUCGCGAGGGAGUAGUCAUAUCACAUCGGCAAAUCCCAGUGAGAUGCCUAUCAUUGAUAUGCGAUACUUCAGCGAUAAUCUAGAUAUAGAAAUUUUGGCUCGACAUGUGCAAAGCUUACAUCGUCUAACCAUAACCCCAGCUCUGCAGCCAUUUAUGCAGCCGAGCACAGGGCCAACGGAUUUGGAGAUUAUCAAGAAACAGCUGCGCGAGGCGUCAGCAUUGACGUGUCACCAUGCAUGCGGUACUGCUGCUAUGCUUCCCCGUGAAGAGGGAGGUGUAGUAGAUCAAGACUUGAGGGUAUACGGGACGGAGAACCUGCGGGUUGUGGAUGCGAGUAUUUUCCCGCUCAUCACCAAUGCAAACCCUAUUGCAACGGUGUAUGCGGUGGCUGAGCGGGCUGCUGAUAUUAUUCGGGGAAUCUGCCCUGAGAUCGGAUCAACAGUUGAG